GGCAAGGAGGAAGGAAGGAAGGGAGGGAGGGCGGAGGGCUCCUGUGGCCCCCCCGAUGCAGCUUUCUCCCCCGGAGCCCUUGCAGACGCAGGGCAGUGAUGUCCAGCUCAACGGGGCCCUUCCGGAGGGCCACCCUUCACCUCCUGCCGCUGUCCAGACCCAGGCCGCGACCCUUGCGACCCCUGAAACCACUCCGGCCAGAGAGACGUGGGGCGGCCGGUAUGAGUUCCUGCUCUCCUGCCUGGGAUACUGCGUGGGGCUGGGCAACGUCUGGCGCUUCCCCUACCUCUGCUAUCGCAAUGGAGGAGGGGUGUUCCUGAUCCCCUACUGCAUCAUGCUCCUCUUCGUUGGGCUGCCCCUCUUCCUGAUGGAGCUCAGCCUGGGCCAAUAUGGGGCCGCCGGACCCAUCACCGUCUGGAAGUGCUGCCCCCUCCUCAAAGGGAUCGGGAUUGGGAUGCUGCUGGUCUCCGCUUUGGUCUCUCUCUACUACAACGUCAUCAUCGCCUGGACCUUCUACUACCUGGCCAUGUCCCUCCAGAGCCCCCUGCCUUGGUCCUGCCAGGCCCCCCAGAAUGCCCCCCUCUGCUGGACACAGAAUGGCUCCUUGGCCAACGUCUCCCAGAUCAGCGCCAGCGAAGCCUUCUGGAAUGACCAGGUUCUGGGGGUGACGUCCAGCUCCGGCCUGGGGGACCCUGGCCCCGUGCGUUGGCCCCUGGCCCUCUGCCUGCUCCUGGCCUGGGCCCUCCUCUUCCUCUGCACCUUGAAGGGCAUCCACAGCUCAGGAAAGGUUGUCUACGUCACGGCCACCUUCCCCUACCUGGUCAUCUUCGUGCUGAUCGUCCGAGGGGCCACGCUGGAGGGCUCCCUGGAGGGUGUCCGCUUCUACCUCUCCGCUGACUGGAGUCGCCUGGGCAGUGCGCAGGUCUGGAAUGAUGCAGCCUCCCAGAUCUUCUACUCGCUGGGCAUCGGCUUUGGGGGCCUCCUCUCCAUGGCCUCCUACAACAAGUUCCACAACAACGUCAUCAGGGACACACUGGUCAUCGCCAUCGGGAACUGUGGCACCAGCUUCUUUGCCGGCUUCGCCAUCUUCUCCAUCCUGGGCCACAUGGCCUGGCGGAAGAAGGUGCCCGUGGGGCAGGUGGCCGACUCAGGUCCUGGUUUGGCCUUCGUGGCGUACCCAGAAGCCCUUGCAUUGCUGCCCGGCUCGGCCUUCUGGUCCGUUCUCUUCUUCCUGAUGCUCUUCACUCUUGGAGUGGACACUUUGUUUGGCAACAUGGAGGGCAUCUCCACAGCUUUGAUGGACGAGUUCCCCUCGCUGCGAGAGAGAAAGAGGAAAGCUCUCUUCCUGGCCCUCCUCUGCACCGCCUUCUACCUCUUGGGCCUCCUCCUGAUCACAGAGGGUGGCAUUUACUGGUUCACCCUCAUUGACGCCUACAGCACGAGCUUCGGCCUCAUCAUCAUCGUCCUCUUCAUGUGCCUCGGCAUGGCUUUCUUUUACGGGAUCAACCAGUUCUGCCGGGACAUUGUGGACAUGAUCAGCCGAUGCCCUCCCUGGUGCAGCCAGAUGGUGCUCUACUUCAAGGCCUGCUGGGUGGCCUUCACUCCGGGUCUACUCCUGUUCACCCUCUUCUACAUCUUCCUGGACCUCUCCAGCACCACCCUGCACUAUGGGGCCUACGCCUUCCCUACCUGGGGGGAAGCCCUGGGGGUCUGCAUGGGGGUCCUGACCUGCGGCCAGAUCCCCCUCUGGGCCGCCAUCGCCUUGUGCAAGGAGACCGGGACGCUGGCUGAUCGCUUCCGGAAGGCCAUCAGCCCGCUCAACUCCUGGCGCAUGGCCACGGGCCGGGAGAUCUCCCAGGCGGUCAUUGAGGUCCCUUACACGGUCAAUCUGACGGACCAUGACUUCAGCGAGGCCUGACUCCGAAGGGAUGGGCGAGGAAUGGACUUUGGCCCUCCUGGUUUUGUUGCUGCUGGUGGCGGCCACUUCGGAGGGAUAGGAGGAUCCGGCUGCUUCAUUGGGACAGAACUCCUGACCGGAGAAAGCUGGAGUCUUCCAGGAUCCUUCAUCAGGAGGUUGGUUGGAUGUGCAGGACAAGGGACCUCUCUGUUGGGGCUUUGGCCAUUCUGCGCCACAUUGUCCUCUUGGAACCCUGGGUUCCAAAAACAGAGGGUGUCCAUCCCUAAGCCUUGGCUCCCCCAAAUCCUCCUGCAGAACAAGGCCACCACCCAACACAGCCAAUACCCGAUUCCCUUGCCAGCAGGAAAAGACUCACUCCAAGCCACAGAUGAAGCCUUUGUGAAGCAAGGCAUCUUCUGGAAACUGAUGUCCUCUCUGCGGAAGGAAGAACCUGCGGAUCCA